AUGUUGGCACACAGCGUUCUGAGCCCCGCGACCUGCCCGCGCGUGGGCCGCGGGGUGUCGCGCCGGGGACAGCUCGUUGUCACCAAUGUCGCGACCCCCAACAAGCCGCCCGCGAGCAGGCUGGCGCGGCGCAGCAAGGUGGAGGUGAUCAAGGAGAACUCGGACUUCCUGCGGCACCCGCUCAUGCAGGACCUCGUGGACGACCAGCCCAUGAUCUCCGAGGACUCCAUCCAGCUCAUGAAGUUCCACGGGUCCUACCAGCAGGACGACCGCGAGAAGCGCACCCGCGGCGCCGGCAAGGUGUACCAGUUCAUGAUGCGCACGCGGCAGCCCGCGGGCCUGGUGAGCAACGAGCUGUACCUGACGAUGGACGACCUGGCCGACCAGUACGGCAACGGGACGCUCCGCCUGACGACGCGCGAGGCGUUCCAGCUGCACGGCGUCCUCAAGCAGGACCUGAAGACGGUGUUCAGCUCGGUCGUCAAGGCCAUGGGGUCGACGCUGGGCGCGUGCGGCGACGUCAACCGCAACGUGAUCGCGCCGCCGCUGGUGGACCGCACGCGCAAGGAGUACGCGGUGGCCGCGCAGCUCGCGGAGGACAUCGCGGACCUGCUGGCGCCGCAGUCGGGCGCGUACUACGACGUGUGGCUGGACGGCGAGAAGUUCAUGUCGAUGGAGCGCGAGAACCCCAAGGUGACCAAGGACCGCGCGUUCAACAAGUUCGGGACGAACAUCGAGGGGCCGGAGCCCAUCUACGGCCCGCUCUUCCUCCCGCGCAAGUUCAAGACGGGCGUGACGGUGCCGGGCGACAACCACAUUGACCUGCUGACCAACGACCUGGGCGUCGUGGUCAUCUCGGACGACAAGGGCGAGUGGAAGGGGUGCAACAUCUACGUCGGCGGCGGCCUCGGGCGCACGCACCGCAACGAGGACACGUUCGCGGCCAUCGCGUCCCCGCUGGGCUACGUGGACAAGGAGGACGUCUUCCACGUGGUCAAGGCCAUCAUCGCGACGCAGCGCGACUACGGGCGGCGCGACGACCGCCGGCAGGCGCGCCUGAAGUACCUCGUGCACCAGUGGGGCGUGGACCGCUUCCGGUCGGUCGUGGAGCAGUACAUGGGCAAGAAGAUGGAGCCCUUCGUGCCGCUGCCGGCGUGGGAGUACAAGGACUACCUGGGCUGGGGCGAGCACGGCGACGGCAAGCUGUACUGGGGGCUCUACGUGCAGAACGGCCGCGUCAAGGGCGAGGCCAAGAAGGCCCUGCGCGAGGUGAUUGAGGGGUACGACCUGCCCGUCAUCAUCACCGCGAACCAGAACCUCAUCCUGACCGACAUCAACCCCGCGGACAAGGACGCGAUCACGAAGAAGCUCAGCGCCGCGGGCCUCCGCGACCGCGACGACUGGGACGCCAUCGAGCUCACCUCGAUGGCCUGCCCCGCGCUGCCGCUCUGCGGGCUGGCCGUCACCGAGGCCGAGCGCACGCUCCCGGACGUGAACGCCGCCAUCCGCGCGACCAUGACGCGCGUCGGGCUCCCCGAGGACGAGCCGCUCAUCGUGCGCAUGACGGGCUGCCCCAACGGCUGCGCGCGGCCCUACAUGGCCGAGGUCGGGUUCGUCGGCGACGGGCCCAACAGCUACCAGCUCUACCUGGGCGGCAGCCCCAACGCCACGCGCCUCGCGGACGUGUACGAGGAGCGCGUCAAGCACGGCGACAUCACCUCGACGCUCGAGCCCCUGUUUGCCUACUGGAGCCAGAGCCGGCGCACCGGCGAGUCCUUCGGCGACUUCUGCGGCCGCAUCGGGUUCGACGGCCUGCGCAGCUUCGCCGAGUCCUACGAGCCCAGCGGCGCGCCCGCGAAGGCUGCCGCGGCCGCGGCCGCCCCGGCGAACGGCAACGGCAAGGCGGCCGCGCCGGCCAAGGCCAAGGCCGCGCCCGCGGCCACCGGGGGCAGCACCCCGCUCGAGAGCCAGCUGACGGCGCUGCUGCAGGAGGCCGCCGCCAAGGGCGGGAAGACCCCCGAGCAGGUGCUCGCGGACCUCCUGAAGAAGGCCGCGCAGGAGUAA